GCCGAUAGUGGUGUGAAGAUGGAGGAGAUGCAGGUGGAUAGCGGCAUUCUCAGUCGGCGUUUGCCAAUAGCUCUUCCUCGAGGAUUUACUACAUUACAGUCGCGCAUCCCGAUCCCGGACGGAUUCAUGGUGCUCCUCAGCCGGACUGCAUGCUUCGAUUACGCCAGUACGGGCGUGGAGAAACGUUUGAACGAAUUACUGUUUGAUAUUGUUGUUUCCUCGGCUACUGCGCAAAUGAUCAAUGGCCAAGAAACAUCAGAGCAUCCUAUACAGAAGCUCUUACGCUUGGCAUGCGUGUGUCUAACCAUAUUCCAAGGCCAAAGAGCAGAUGGCGCGAUGUUUGCUGGAAACCAGAAAUACAACCUUGGGCUUCAGGCAGCCUGGGAUGAGGCUCUUGUCCUUGACCAAGAGGUUUUGAAGGACCAAAAGUCUGCAGAGGCGGCACUGUGGGCAAUCUUUGUGAUUAGUGUCACAUGUGGAUCUACUCUUCAGCUCUUCCAUCGUGUACUCCGGGCAUUGAUGCAAGAUCUGCAAUUGGUGCAGUGGAACCAGGUGCGCAACGUGUUGCUCGAUUUCAUCUACCCGGGCUCUUUCAUCGACGCUCCGAUGCAGCAAUUCUAUCAGAAGUUGCAUAGUGGUCAAACAAUCGAUGCUGGAGGGUGAAGGAGCCGCCGGCGCAGAAACGAGCUGAAGUGAACAGAUUCGACCCGUUGCACGUCAGCUUCUCCGCAGAAAUAGGUUUCAGGGUUGUUCGAGUGGAUUAGGAUCAGUCUGCAGGAUGACGAAGUCCGAUGCGGAGUUUUCGAAGCCCGCAUGCAAGCAUAACGAUCACCCGUUUGAGAACAUGCAACUGGUCCGGACUAAAUGUCUAUGGCACAAUGGCAGCGGAAGAAAAGUGGACGGGUCGCAGGAUACCCAACCCAAUAUACAGUGGAAAAUCAGGAUUCUAGCAUAUGCACAAGUGUGUAAUACGAAUCCACAUCGACGAAAUGCGAC